UUAUGUUUCACGCUCUUUUGACACCAUUAAUGUUUCGAAAAUUUUCCUUGAGGGUCAUUGUCAUCGAAAUUUAUAUAUUAAUAAUGAGCUCUAAGUUUUCCAAUUAUUAAAACACCUGCAAUUGUUAAGAAAACAGUAAAAAAAUGAAUCUCAAUUCAACGAGUCCAACAAUAAAUUGUGGAAAUAUUCUUCCCCAAUUUCUACAAGAAAAGGUAGUUAACCUAAAAAUUGGUGAAAAAACUUACAAUCAAGGAUGGGGAAAUUUGACCAUAGGAAGGUCUCAUUUUAAUGAUGUUAUUAUAAAAGACAAAUCAGUUUCAGCAUUUCACGCAAAUCUCGAGGUCGGCAGCAGAGGAGUUUUUAUCACAGACCAUAACGCGACUAAUUUUACCUACAUAAACAAUGUUCAAAUUCCUGCUCGAGAAAGAAUGCCUGUCUUGCAAACAUCAUCAGUUAAAUUUGGUGAGGUUUUUUGUAUCAUUGAAUAUCAACAGGCUGAAAACUUGUCAGCAACUCCUGAAAAGAUCAGAGAUACUUCGAGUUCUCCAGAGAAACAUGAUGAUUCGUCUGUUAUUUUGCUGGAUCAAAAUCAAGAGGUAAAUAAUGAUAAUGCAGAUAAUCAUAAUGAAUCAAGAGAAGAAAUAAAUUUAUCAACAAGUGAAGUUGACAUUGAAAAUUAUAAUUAUAAUGAUAAUGAUAAAGAUCAUAAAACUGAAGAAGAAACACGCAGCGAAUCAUUAACUUGUACACAAGCUUCCGUUAAUUGUCGUCGUUAUCACGAUAAUGAAGAUGAUAGAAUAAUAAAUAUUAUUCAUAGUCUUUCUCAAAGUCUUCAAAUCAAUCAGAGUGAUGAUAAAGAUAAUAAUGAUAAGAAAGAAGAUGAUGUUAAUGAUGAUAACCGCCUUAAUAAUAAUGAUGAUAACCGCCUUAAUAAUGAUGCUGAUCAUCAUAAUAAUAAUAAUGAAGAUGAUGAUCAUCAUAAUAAUCACGAAGAUGAUGAUCAUCAUAAUAAUCAUGAAGAUCAUUAG